AAAAGCGGCACGACGGCAGAAAACCCGAAUUCCCGCCACCCCGCAAACGGCUUCAGAAAUCUCCACUACGAAUACAAUGGCGGCCCCUGCCAAAACCCUAAUCGACUUCUUCCAGCAACCGGCGGCGAAACGUCUCAAGAGAGCCUCUUCGCCUCCACUCAGCACACUUUCCUCGCUCAAGGACGACGAUGCCGCCGCUUCCUCCAAGUCGGCGUUGUCCAUUUCCCCGGAGCAGAAGCGCAGAAUGGAAUACAACAAAUCCCUCGCCCUGUCCAAGCGGAACCUCAAACUCUGCUCUGAUAAACUCUCCAAGGCAGUUGCUACAGGGGCGGGGUAUGUAAAAUUGGAGGAGCUACUGGUGGAGGAGACCUGGUCAAAAGUGCUAUCUGGGGAGCUGCAAAAGCCUUAUGCAAGAAAGUUGUAUGAGUUUGUGGAGACUGAAAUAUGCCAUGGUAGCACACCUAUUUACCCUCCCCAGCAACUGAUUUUUAAUGCUCUUAACACCACUCCAUUUGACUCAGUAAAGGCGGUUAUUAUUGGACAGGACCCAUACCAUGGACCAAGACAAGCGAUGGGCCUCUCUUUCUCUGUGCCAGAAGGCAUAAAAGUGCCUUCAAGUCUUCAAAACAUAUAUAAAGAGCUCCAGAAAGAUUUGGGAUGCACAAUUCCAUCUAAUGGGAAUCUUGAAAAAUGGGCUAUACAGGGUGUCCUGCUAUUAAAUGCUGUUCUAACAGUUAGACAGCAUGAGGCCAACUCUCAUGCCAAAAAAGGGUGGGAGCAGUUUACUGAUGCUAUAAUUGGAGCAAUUUCACAGAAAAGAAGUGGAGUUGUUUUUCUCCUCUGGGGAAACUAUGCCCAGGCGAAAUCCCGGUUGAUAGAUGAAUCAAAGCACUAUAUUCUUAAAUCAGCACAUCCUUCAGGUUUAUCCGCAAACAGGGGCUUCUUUGGAUGCAGGCACUUUUCUCGGACAAACCAGCUCUUGGAGAAAUUGGGAGUAUCUCCGAUAGAUUGGCAGUUGUAGUGCAACAGUACAUUCCCAUGUUUUGUAACCUUGACUCAUGAGUUAGAUCUUUUGGCACCAUGUCUCAUUUGCUGGGUUGUAGAGUCUUGUAGUACAAAUAUGCAAUGUAUAGUUAUGAACUUUCCAACCUCAUAUUGCAGACUUGCAGUUGUAGUAUUGCUCUCUGAAAA